UGUAGAUUUGAUGCCAUUAUUCAGUUCUGGACGGUAAGGAAGAUGUUGCUCGUUCUCAUUAUGGUUUUGACCAUAGGGUCAUUUCGUGUCGGUUUGGCCUUCAAUUAUGGUAAAUUAGAGGAAAACUGGCUAUGUGAGUCCAGUGGGAGGAAAUUGGGCAAUUUUCCUCCACUAUCCGAUUACCGCGAUCCUCGAACGCUAACACCUCUCUUGAGCCCUGCGGAUCAGUGGACCACUUUUCCCGUCAAGGUCAAGGCCACGUCGACCCCAGUGCGAGCCUUACACGGCCUUUUCGAGUAUGACGAUCACAAACAACUCGUUUCUAGAUCUUGGCAAGACCCCGGUACUCCCAUGGGAUUUUAUAUCAAGCCCCAUGGAGUUGGCUUUGGGAAUCGGAUCAUUUUUCAACUUGGUUUGAGUGAAGAGAGCCCGAUCGAGCCCCCGUACCCGGAUUCUUCCGUUCCAGGAUCUCCCGCCAAUGCAUCGACCCUUGUUCGAUUUUGGAGCGAGUAUAAGCUCAUGUGGCGGAUGAUGAAGCUGGGCCUCUUCAACUGUCACGUGAAUAGGGCUUCAAACUACUUUUAUGGCAAGUUUCCACCCGAUUAUCCGACUUCGGUGGCAACGGACGUGGACAAGGCACUCGCGGGCUUGAGCUUCUCCGAUCAUGAUUGGUCAUCGAUCGAGAGCCGAUAUCCUGUAGCCGGUUGUCAAGCCGGAGUGGACAACCCAGUUUGUUGUUAUGGCGGGUUUUCCAAGCGAGAGUACCGUUAUAUUCAAAAGAAUUUGGUAGGAGACGACAAGGACCCCCUUUAUGAGAAAUCUACUUUCUGUCCCUUGAAGUUCUACAUUGAUAACUAUGAAAAGUAUCGCACACAGUCAUCCUGCCAAAGGGCGACCAAAAAUAUGACCCAAGCCGAAAAGAUCCUCUUUCACCAUUCCACGUCCAACCGGAGAUGCAACAAGCACUUGUUCCCUAGUCUUGAUUCCUGCCUCAUGGUGGACAAGAUCAAGGAGAAUCGGAGUGAAGUUAUGAAAAAUGAUCCGGACUUCGUGUUCCAGGAGUACAACCACGUGUUCCCAUGCACUGCCAGUUGUUACAAGGCCAUGAUUGUACAAGUGGAAUUGAUCCCGAGUUUCGGACACUCGACCACUACCAGAAGUACCACUACCACCACUACGACAACGACCUCUUCAACCACAACCAAACCGGGCAAUCUGCCCGACUUUGAAUUUGAUUUCGACAAUAGACAAGCUAAUGAAUCUUCAACGAUACCACCCACAUCGCCAAAUUCCACAACCGAAAGUGUCACCGAACCCAUUGAAGGCUCUGACCAAAUCCAUGUUUCUGCAAUAACCAUCCGAUUGAAUCGGAUCUCUCAACCGCCGUACAAUUUAAGUGAUGUGCCCAGGUACUUUGGAUAUGAGAUGAGCACCAUGCCCAAAUCGGAGAUCCCCUGGCAGCGCACGGAUUAUGUUGGAACACAACUCAAUUUGACGAGACCCUUUAGAUUGCCAUCAGAAGAGUUUACCGGAAUAUGGAUUCGGUGGUUGGAUAAGGGAUCCAACAUCUCGGAGAAAUCUUACAAUACCCAAGGCCCAUUGUUACAGAUUGGCUUGGAGGGGAGUUCAGAUCCGAUUGCACAACAUGAUUUCUACAAAGACCCCAUGUACUUAGGAAGACAAAUUGAACCGUUUGGUUUCAUGUAUGGAUGGAGAGGAAUUGAGCUCCAAAGACCCUUUAUAGGUUCGGUUUUUCGGCCGCGUUAUGUCACCAUCAACACGCCUCUUCUAUCCGAUGGAUUCUCAUAUCGAUCCGAGGCACGAAAAUGCGAAAUUGAAGCGUCCGCGUUGGAAAAGGGCAUCGGGAAACUCUCAAAAUCCACUGUUGGGAUUGUAGGUGUGGUUUUCUUCGUCCUCGGCUUUGUGGUGGUGGGAGUGCUAGUUUUUAGACAUAUGAAGUCCCAAAAGACAAUCAGAAAAGAGGAAAAAGCAGCCACAAGGAUCAAGAACCAGAAUAUCCACAAGUCAGGCAAGGCACGCCGCCACAAAUAAAACAUGUUGACAUGAGAAGUUUAUCACACAUUUCACCUUUUGCAGUAUAGCUACGUCAUCAA